ACACUUAAUAGAACUGAUAUCCCCUUUAUAAAUCAUGUAAAUGUGAAACAAAACAAACGUAAACUUUAACCAGCACUCAUCAGUGUGGUAUGGUGUGUGACAAAACACUGCGUCCUAAAUAACACAGCGUUUGACAACUGCCCUGCAUCCUAAUAACACAGCGUCACACACAUGAUACACCCACAAACGAAAUUCUCGCCUGAAUUGCUGGACUAACUUUAGCUAACCCCCAAAAUCCCUUCUCCACCGCCUCUCCCCGUAAACUCGUUUUUCUCCCUGAAUUCUUGUUUUCUCGAGAUUUCCGUUCUUUCUCGGCUGCCGUUUAUAAACAACGUGUCUAAACGCCACCACAUUCCCCUUUUACGGUUUUUGCUUCCAUAUCAAAUUCCGAUUUCUAAGCCACGAUUUCAUUCCCUUUUCUAUAAACCGCCUUGUCCAUAUAAAAUCUUCUUUCUUCUUUUCAUUCUUCAGUUUUACAGUGAUUUUCUUGACAGUAAUCAAGAUCUGGUAAUGGCAAUGGCGAGAUUGAGUCUCUUCUUAGUAGUUUUAGGGAUUCUUCUUGUUACAGAUGUUUCUUGUGUAGUAGAUCCACCAACAAUUGCUCCAGUAAGUGGUAACGAUUCUCCAGUUUCACAACCUCCGAUUCAAAACGUUGAAGCUCCAUCACCAGCAGCAAUUCUGACAUCUCCACCGUCUCCUCCACCAUCAGAAGAUGUUUCCUCUAAAAACACCUCUUCUUCUCCAUCACCAUUGCAGUCGGAUUCUCCAUCGCCGUCGCCAGAGAGUGAUGUUGGUAAUGUAACAAAGAAAUCUUCUCCUCCUCCUCCUUCAUCAUCAUCUUCUUCGAUUUCUUCAGGAAAGAAGGCUGGAAUAGUAGUUGGUGUGUUGAUCGGUGCGGUUCUUGUUGGAUUAGGAGGAUUUGUCUAUAAGAAACGUCAAGAUAAUAUCCGAAGAGCUCAGUAUGGAUCUUAUGUUUGAAGAUAUCAAAAGAUAUGAUGAAAUCUUUUUUUUUCCGAUUCUGAUUUUCUGAUUAUUCAAUUCGAUUACUUUUGUUUGUUAAUUCUUUGUUCUUGUUAUUAAAUUCUCAGUCAAAUACUUUUCAAUUCAACAGAUUUUGUUGAAGAAAUACU